CGUUUAAUCGAAAAUGUUUGCGGCGGCGUUAAGAUGUACGAAAACGUUUCUCGCCAAAAUUGUGUGAAUAGAAUAGCAGUAGAAAUCUACCGAGAAGAAAAUAAUUUCCCAAAUCGCCCAGUGUGAUCGAGCACGGAGGAAAGCUAAAGUGAUCGAAAUAAACAUAAGAAUUAGGGAAAAACUCAACUUGGGAGCGGAGCCCCAGCCAACAAAAAAAAAAAAAGUGAAAAUUAAGAUUUCGGUGAGCAGUGAGUGCGGAAAUAGUAGUUGCAAGUGCAAAAUACUGCGUAAAACGUGAAAGUUUCCAAUAACACCACAAACCAACGGCAGUUUUGUAGUAAAUAUACAUACGCGCCCAGUACAUACAUACAUACAUUUCGAAUAUACACACAGCCGAAUAUCAACCGACGAAGCUAACUGCUUAUUGCUUAUUGCUGAUUUAUUGCCGGAAAAAAACUACAAAAGCGACGUGGCAGAGGCGAAUCACCGGCGCAGCAACAGCAAAAACAGCAGAUAACCAGCAGUCAGACCAAUUUCUCUACCCUAGAACUCAAGCGCAUUUGCCGCUUGUGGGGCGAACAAAUGCAUAGACAACAUAUGUCGCAUCCAAGAGCAGUCCAAGACCAAGAGUUGCGACCCCGACCGUUUGUUGCAUACUACAUACGCUCAUAGAGGGCGGCCACUCACCCAGAGUAGCCAGAGAGUCCUUGCACUUGGGCAGGGAUCAAGGGAGACACAGAGUGCUCAGCCAGCAGAAGCAGGCAAGCCGUAAAGGAUUAGAGGCUCCGCCGAGAAAAGAGCAACGAAAAAUGAUGAAACGCACCCGUGUCGACGAGGUGCAGUUUGGCACACGGCCCGGACCACCGACAUCCGGUGGCGUAGGCGUUGGGGUCGUGGGCGUGGCUGGAGGAGGUCCCACAUCUGGCAGCGGUGGCACUGCCACCGUGGGCGUCAAUACGACGGGCGUGACCAUUGGAACCGUUGUGCCCGGUGCCCAUAACCCCACCAUCAGUGGAAUUGGUUCCAUUCACCAUCGCAUCCUUACCCCGCAGCAUGGAGGAGCCCAGACCAUUGCCUAUUUGCCGUCCACCACGCCGACGGCCACGAAUUUGAAGACCACAAGCUCGAUUGUGGACAGCACUACAGCUGGAGGACCAGGAACAGGAGCCCAGGUGGCCGUAGGAGUAGGCGCUGCAGCCGGCGGUGGAGGCGUGGUGGUCUCCACAGGCAGCACAGGAACACAAACUCUACAGUAUACCACAUCUUAUAGCGUGGCUUCCAUUCAGGCGGGUGGAACUCUCAAGGCCACCACAGCGGAUGGCGCCAACACAGUACAGAUUCAUGUGACUGGAGGAGCAGGAUCAAACAAUCCAGCCAGCGCACAGACUGUUUCCAGCAGCUCACAAACUGGCACAAUUCGCCAGCGUACAAUCAGCGGCACCCAGACAUUGGCCACUGCCGUCGGCAAUCUGGCCACGAUGUCCCAGCAACAGCAACCAGUUCAGCAGCCGCCUUUGGCCAGCGCACAGACUCCUCCGUCGGCAGUGGUUGCCAACAGUAUCCCAGUGGGCGGAACUACUCCGCCGCAGGGACAAUCUGGUAAUGCCACGCCACGCUUGAAAGUGGAGGAUGCCUUGAGUUACCUGGACCAGGUGAAAUACCAGUACGCGGACCAGCCGCAGAUCUACAACAACUUCCUGGACAUCAUGAAGGAGUUUAAGUCGCACUGCAUCGACACACCCGGAGUGAUUGAGCGAGUCUCGACGCUCUUCAAGGGACACACCGAGCUGAUCUACGGCUUCAACAUGUUCCUGCCGCCGGGCUACAAGAUCGAGAUUCAUUCGGAUGCCCUCGGCUGCUCGGUGCCAGUGGUUUCGAUGCCCUCGCCAACGGGAGCGCCAACUAGCACGGGAACGGUGCACAUGCUCACCGGAAACAGUCCGAUGUCGGCUGGCGGACAUAUAACCAUCAAGACGACUAAUGCGGCAGCUUUGACAUCGGGAUCGGGAGCAGGAGCAGUGGCUGCAGCAGCAGCUGCGGCUCAGAUUCAGUCCGCUGGAGCUGUAAAUCUAAUGACCCACGGUGGAGCAUCGCUUACCCAGACCACUAUCCAUGCCUUGCAGCAGCAAGCAACGCCUCCCCAAUCGCAAUCCCCGGGCGGUGGUCAUGUCCACGUGAGUGUAACUAACUCCCCGGCUCCAUCUGCUGUAGUACCAGGUCAACAGCCAGCCGGCAUCUCCGUAUCGGCGCACAACGUGCCGCAGAAUUACUCGAGAGAUCGUGAAAGGGCCACCAUAACGCCCACGGGCGGCCAAGUGGUUGGCGGAGCGGCCAACGCAAAUGCAGGCGCAAGUAUUGUGGUUGGCGGACCUCCAACGCCGAAUUCCCUGAGUGAGCUUAGUCCCCACGGCGGUGGGGCAGGUGCGGGGGCGGCCCAGCACAAUCUGCAUCACAUUCAGCAGGCGCAUCAAUCGAUUCUGCUUGGCGAGACGGGCCAGCAGAAUCAGCCGGUGGAGUUCAAUCACGCCAUAACCUAUGUAAAUAAGAUCAAGAACCGUUUCCAAAACCAGCCGGCCAAGUAUAAGAAAUUUCUGGAAAUUCUGCAUGCCUACCAAAAGGAGCAGAAGGUGAUGAAGGAGGGAAGCCUAAACCAGGGUAAAAUGCUCACCGAACAGGAGGUGUACACGCAGGUGGCCAAGCUCUUUGGACAAGAUGAGGAUUUGCUGAGGGAGUUUGGCCAAUUUCUGCCCGAUGCCACCAACCAUCAGUCCGGACAGUACAUGUCCAAGUCAGCGUCCGUGCAUAACGACCAUGGCAAGCGCCCUACGGCCACUUUAAGCGGUGGAGCCCACAUCACCAUGUCAUCUGCAUCGCCAGCACCGAGUGGUUCCCCACUGCAUUUGGGCGCAACGAAUCUGCCGCAGAUCGACAACAGUGCCCAUGCAGCGGCCAUUGGAAAUCUAUCGGCGGUGAACACCAGUGUCAGCAUUAAGACGUACAAUAAUAAUCAGCAACAGCAGAAUCAUGUGAUCGGUUCCGGCCUGAAUGCGACCCGAAACGAUGUCCUCUUCGAGAAGGACUAUCACGCGGGUCUGCAGCAGCAGGCGCAUCAGCGAGGAGCUGGAGUUGGAGGCCAUCAUCAUUUGGCCGGCACUCCGGCGGGCACUAACAUCGGGCGGCCUGGUGUGGGAGCCAGUGUAAUGGUGUCGUACGAAAAGGAGCACCGGAAUAAUCAUCAUGUGCAAAAGUACGUGGGUCACGCGCCCAACCCGAAUCUAUCACACGGCCAUAAUGCCAAGAAAUCGCCAAGCUAUGGCAUCACCUCGGUGAUUGGUUCCAUGCCGCACAUGUCGGACAACUCCCUUGAUCGCAGUUCGCCAGGGAUUAGUUACGCAACGCCGCCACUGCCCUCUGGUCACCAUGGACAGCAUAAUUCCGGUUCAGCUUCAAGGAGACCGGGUGAUGAUAGUUUAGCCGGACACUACGCUAGUGGAGCACCGCCUGCUAAGCGACCGAAGCCUUAUUGUCGGGACGUGAGCUUCUCGGAAGCAUCGAGCAAGUGCACCAUCUCCGACGCCGCCUUCUUCGACAAGGUGCGCAAGGCGCUUAGGAAUCCCGAGGUCUACGACAACUUCUUGCGAUGCCUGACAUUGUUCAACCAGGAAAUUGUCUCCAAAACGGAACUUCUUGGUCUCGUAUCUCCGUUCUUGAUGAAGUUCCCCGACUUGCUGAGAUGGUUCACCGACUUUCUGGGACCGCCAACUGGUCAACAGGCAGGUGGAAUUAUCGAUGGCAUGCCCUUGGCUGCCACGCAACGUCAGGGAGGCGGAAGCAGUAAUAGUUCCCAUGAUCGAGGCAGUAGUCACCAGAGUGCGGCUGAGUACGUUCAGGAUGUGGACCUGUCUUCGUGCAAACGACUUGGUGCAUCUUAUUGUGCCUUGCCCCAGUCCACAGUGCCCAAGAAAUGCAGCGGCCGGACGGCCCUCUGCCGGGAGGUGCUCAACGACAAGUGGGUCUCCUUUCCCACUUGGGCUAGCGAGGACUCCACCUUUGUGACAUCGCGGAAGACUCAGUUCGAAGAGACAAUUUACAGGAAUAUUCACAGAACGGAGGACGAGCGCUUCGAGCUGGACCUGGUUAUUGAGGUGAACAGCGCCACGAUUCGGGUGCUGGAGAACGUGCAGAAGAAGAUGUCGCGCAUGUCCACCGAGGAGUUGGCCAAGUUCCACCUGGACGAUCAUCUGGGCGGCACAUCCCAAACGAUACACCAGCGGGCCAUCCAUCGCAUCUAUGGCGACAAGUCAGGCGAGAUAAUCCAGGGAAUGAAGAAGAAUCCCUCCGUGGCAGUGCCCAUUGUACUGAAGCGGCUGAAAGUCAAGGAGGAGGAAUGGCGAGAGGCGCAAAAGACCUUCAACAAGCAAUGGCGGGAACAGAACGAGAAGUAUUACCUCAAGUCUCUCGAUCACCAAGCCAUCAACUUCAAGCCCAACGACAUGAAGGCCCUGCGCUCCAAGAGUCUGUUCAACGAAAUCGAGACGCUUUACGAUGAGCGGCACGACCAGGAGGACGACGCCAUGGAGCCGUUUGGGCCGCAUCUGGUGCUGCCCUACAAGGACAAAACCAUACUGGACGAUGCCGCCAACCUGCUGAUCCAUCACGUGAAGCGGCAAACUGGUAUCCAGAAGCAGGAGAAGCAGAAGAUUAAGCAGAUUAUCCGACAAUUUGUGCCUGACCUCUUCUUUGCGCCACGACAGCCGCUGAGCGACGAUGAACGAGAUGACGCCUUUCCAUUUUUGGUAGAUGACAAUACGAAAAUGGACGUGGACUCGCCAUUGGGUCGCACGGAGUCGUCUGCUCGAAAUGCCAAGAGUACGACCAGCGAAGGUGCGUCUCCGGCGCGAAGCAAUGCAAGUAGCAGCAGCGGAGCACCGGCGGGGAUUAAGAAAGAGACUGAUGACGCAAAGGCGACGAGUGGAUCUGCGGCAGCAGCGUCCGCAGUAACGUCAUCUUCAGCGACGUCUGCGGACGAUGCGACACCUUCAACAUCCUCAGCAGCAGCGGCAGCAGCAGCUGCAUCGUCCUCAUCAUCAUCUGCAAUCGGAUCCGAUGGCAAACCGAAGGAUGAUCCCCUUUCGUCCCACAGAGACGAAGUAGGCAGUAGCAGCACCUCCGGCGUUGUCUCGAGUCCCAGGCAAGCUCAAGAUUCAGCAGCAGCAGGCAGCGAUGUGGAAAUCAAGCUGGAGCACCCGGCGGAUUUCGGCAAUCCCAAGCUGUUGCCACCACACGCACAGGGGCAGCAUGAAGACGAAUCCUAUUCGCUUUUCUUUGCCAACAACAACUGGUAUUUAUUCCUGCGGCUACAUGCGAUCCUCUGCGACCGUCUGCACGUCAUGUACGAACGGGCACGCCUGCUGGCCAUCGAGGAGGAGCGUUGCCGGGUGAACAGAAGGGAGAGCACGGCUACGGCGCUGAGGCUAAAGCCCAAGCCAGAGAUCCAAGUUGAGGACUACUACCCGACCUUCCUCGACAUGCUCAAGAACGUCCUGGACGGCAACAUGGAUUCAAAUACAUUCGAGGAUACGAUGCGAGAAAUGUUUGGCAUCUAUGCCUACAUCUCUUUCACGCUGGAUAAAGUUGUCUCGAAUGCCGUUCGUCAGCUGCAAUAUUGUGUUACAGAGCGAGCCGCCCUGGAUUGUGUUGAGCUGUUUGCCACGGAGCAAAGGCGAGGCUGCACCGGCGGGCUCUGUCGAGAAGCGCACAAGACCUUUGACCGGGAGAUGUCGUAUCAGCGGAAGGCGGAAAGCAUUCUCAACGACGAGAAUUGCUUCAAAGUGUACAUUUACAAAAUUGAUUGCCGUGUAACCAUCGAGCUGCUCGACUCUGAGCCCGAGGAAGUCGAUAAGCCGGCUGCGCUGAAGGCCCAGAAGUUCAGCAAAUAUGUAGAACGAUUGGCGAAUCCUGCGCUCGGCGGCAGCGGGAAUAAUGCCGGCUCGAGUUCGGCGCUGGGUAACGACAACAUUGUAGAGGCGUCCGAUAUCAAAACGGAGGAGGAGGAAGAUACUGCCGAGGUCAAUACCAAGGCUUGAAAUAACAUAGUUUUGAUAAUUUCAUUGAAUAAGAAGAAGAAAAAGUCAUAUUGCAAAAUGAAAUAGUAAUAAAUGAAUUUGUUUUUUGAUUACCAAAACCAAAAUAAGAGAAAUUGAAACACCAAACCUUUUCACCCACCACCACCACCACUACCAACCACCACACUCAACACCCACCACCACCACCCACUCACACACAUUAAAUGUAAUGCAUUGUUUGCCCAAAGACACGAAACAGAAAUUUGCAAUAACCAAUGAGGAAACAACAGAACCCAAACAGAACCUCAAUUAAAUGUAGAAAUCCACCCACAAAACCAAACAAACAUGCAUAAAGACAGACAUUAUGUAAAAUAGUAGAUCAUGACAACAAUAACGUAGGCACGCGCUUGUUGCAUUCCCUUCUGAUUUCGUUAUGCCUUGAGUUAUCUAUAGCGAUAGACAGUCUGAAAUAUCGGGUGAUCGGAGAUCCGAAGGAUGAGGAUAAAGAUGAAAAAGAUCAGGAUCAAGAUGGUAAAGGUGUGUGGUUUGGGGUGUGGUGUGUGUGAGUGGUGCUGCUGAUGAUGAUGAUGGUGGUCAGAAGAUUAUCGUGCUUACCCGUAGGCCUAAAUUACACCGUACACAAAAAAGUAUAUAUUAAUUAUCGUGUUUUAACUGUACAUAACGUAACGCUAAUGCUAAUGGUAAUCGGUCAAUGUAUGUAUUAUUAUGUGUAAAACGUUUAGUAGCUAAUUUUGUAAAGGAAGCAGCCAAAUGUCUUUUAAAUUCGGUAACAUUUUUAUAUCUAGGCAUAAGAACACACACACUCCACACACUCGAUAAUUGUAAAUUAAAUAGCACACACAAUCACAGCUGUGGACAUUACUGGAGAGUGAAAUUGAGAAAUAUAUCUGGAGCAGCCCAUUAAAAA